AUGCCCUCCACCAUGGCAGACACGGUAGCUGAGAUCGAGAGCUUCCUCGACAUCGGAAUCGCUGCCAUCAAGGGCCUCAUCCCCAUGAUCUGGGUCCAAAGCAAAACCUCGCCAGUCCAGUUCCUCGUCGGCGGCAUAAUCGUUCUCCUGUCCUACUUGUUCCUGACCAUCUCACCACCCCACGAUCCGUUCGAGCCACCCAUCAUCAAGCCCAAAUUUCCAGUAAUCGGCCACCUCUUUGGUCUGAUGAACCACCAAGUCAACUACUUCAGCGAGCUCUUUACCCGAAGCCAUCUGCCCAUUGCAACCCUACCCAUCGGUAACCAGAAGCUCUACGUUAUCUUCGAUGCGCCCCUCCAGCAGGCCGCUCUUAAGUCCAAGGACAUGGAUGCGCAAUCCUUCAUGGUUGACUUCGUCCCCCGCAUUUUUGGUGUCAAGCAAGGCACGGUGGACAAGCUCUUGGGGAAGGAUGGCGUGCACCCGAACAUCAUGGGCGACAUGGAACAUGUCUUCAAGUCCGCGCUUUCGGGAGACAAUCUCCAGAAGUUGGCCAGCACCACACUUGCGACCAUGGCUGAUACCCUGAACGAUGUCGAUACCAAGAAGGGCACCAAGAUUCCCAACAUGUUCCUCUGGCUUCAGUCGCUUCUUAGCAGAUCCACGUCAAAGGCUCUAUGGGGAGAGAAGCACAACCCAUUCAAAGACGACGGAGUCAUUGACGCCCAGUGGGACUUCGAAUCCCACAUGGGCCCUCUCGUUUUGGGCUUCUUGCCGUCCAUCAUUGCCCGCCGCGCCUACCUCGCCCGCAACAAAGUCCAAUCCGCACUGCUCCCCUACUUCAGCGCGCGCCACUAUGAAACCGACCCGUCCACCUCCUACUUCAUCCGCGCCCGCACCCGUCUCCUAAAGAAGUACAAUCUUCCCGACGACGAACUGGCCAAGAACGAAGUAGCGAUCACCCUCGUAGCCACUACCAAUGUCUUGUCCACCUUAUUCUGGUGCAUCGCCGAGAUCUGGACCCGCCCUGAUCUCCUACAACAAAUCCGCGCCGAAGCUUUGCUGGCCGUCUUUGGUGAUAGCCAAAAGGCUCUUUCGGGUGAUGACAUGGGAACAAGGACCAUCACCAUUCCCGCCGCCGGUCUUGAUGUCAAGUGUCCCCUUCUCGCCUCCUGUUUCCGAGAAUCGAUCCGGCUGGCAUCGCAGAUUGUUACAGCCCGUCGCGUGCUCAAGGACACGAUGCUUACCGAUCCCGUCUCGGGAAAUUCCUACCUACUCAAGGCUGACACCAAUGUCAUGAUGCCCGUCAAGGUAGUCCACCGGAACACGGCUGUCUGGGGCGGUGAUGCUGAGGGAUUCAAUCCCCGUCGCUUCAUGUGGGAGGAGCUUGGUACAAAGGUGGAGAGACAGAGGAAGGCGGCGUUUGUUCCCUUUGGUGGCGGGAAGCACAUGUGUCCAGGAAGACACUUUGCGUUUACGGAGAAUUUGGCAUUGAUGGCGGCGCUGGCGAUUGGGUUUGAAAUUGAGGGGUUGGAUAAGAGCGAGCUGAAGAUGGGUGAUUCGAAGAGGGGAGAGACAGCGAAACCGUUGCCCGGGUUGGAGGGUGGACAGGUGGUGUUGAAGAAGAGGAAGGGAUGGGAGGGGCUUAAGUGGGAGUUUAGUUGCUAG